AUGGAUUAUCAGAAUAGAGUUGGAUCGAAAAAAGGUAGUGGUGGUAUUGCAGGAUCUGCAGAGACCAACCAAUACAGAAGAGAAAGAGUUAAGAACUUACUACAAUCCAAAAUUAGUAUUGAAUCAGAUCCUUAUGUUUUGAAAAAUCGUUCAGGGGUCUACGAAUGUAAGCUUUGCUUGACUACUCAUUUAUCAGAGAGUAGCUACAUUACACAUACUACGGGAAGGAAACACCAAGUAAAUUUAAUGCGUCGAGCAGAGAGUGACAAAAAACAAAGAGAAAAACUGAAUAAAAAUCAGUCUACAGAGGAACCAAUCAAGAAACGAUAUUGGAAGAAAAUAGGAAAACCAUAUCAUAAAGUAACAAAAAUUCAAGAUCAAAAAACCUUAAACAAGGGACUAAUUAUUGUAGCCAAAUUUGAAAAUAUCAAAGUGGAUGUUACACCGAUGUAUAAAUUUCUUGCCAGUUCAGAGCAAAAGAAGGAACCAGAAGAUCCAAGUUUUCAAUAUCUGGUACUUAGUGCCGAACCUUACGAGAAUAUUGCCAUAAAAAUCCCCUCAGAUAAAAUCGAUUUCUCUAAUGAUAAAAUAUGGGAUUACUGGGAUCCAGAUACAAAGGAGUAUUGCUUGCAGUUUUUCUUUUUGAAUAAAUAA